AUGACAACAACCACGCCCCCAAACUUCCCCUUCCACCGCGCCUCAGGCCUCGACCAGCCCGCAGAAUACGCCCGCCUCCGCUCAACAGAGCCCGUCUCACAAGCAAAACUCUACGACGGCUCCCUCGCAUGGCUCGCGACAAAGUACAAAGACGUCUGCGCCGUCGCCACGGAUCCACGUCUCUCCAAGGAGCGCACCCGCGUCGGGUUCCCCGAGCUCAGCGCCGGCGGGAAAGCAGCGGCCGCGAAUAAGCCUACUUUUGUCGACAUGGACGCGCCGGCGCAUAUGCAGCAGCGCGGUAUGGUUGAGCCGCUUUUGGUGCGGGAUCAUGUUGCGAGUAUGAAGCCAUGUAUCGAAAAGACUGUGAAUGAUCUCCUGGAUAGGAUGGUUGGGCAGGGGUGCGACGAGCCGGUUGACUUGAUUGACAAGUUUGCCUUGCCUGUUCCUUCAUAUAUCAUCUACACUAUUCUCGGUGUCCCGUUUGAGGACUUAUGGUACCUCACCCAGCAGAACGCAAUCCGAACCAACGGCAGCGGUACGGCACUGGAAGCUCAGUCUGCAAACCAAGAACUCCUCAACUACCUCGCAAAACUAGUCGACCAGCGCAACAUCGAGCCCAAAGACGACCUCAUCAGCAAACUGGUCGUAGAACAGCUCAGACCCGGCUAUAUUGAGAAAUCGGACGCCGUGCAAAUCGCCUUCUUGCUACUCGCUGCAGGGAAUGCGACAAUGGUGAAUAUGAUUGCCUUGGGCGUCAUCGAACUCUUCCGAAACCCUACCCAGCUCGCCCAACUCAAAGCCGACCCCUCGCUCGCCCCAGCGUUCGUCGAAGAGUUGUGUAGAUACCACACCGGCUCCGCCAUGGCGAUGAAGAGGGUAGCCAAGGAGGACAUAAUCCUCGGCGGCAAGACGAUCAAGGCAGGCGAGGGCAUCGCCUCAACCCAAUCCGGCAACCGAGACGAAGACGUCUUUCCCGACCCAGACGUCUUUGACAUGCACCGAACACCGGACCCGAACCACGCGCUGGGUUUCGGUUUUGGGCCGCAUAGGUGUAUCGCCGAACCUCUUGCGCGCGCGGAGCUCGAGGUUGUUUUUGCAACGCUCUUCCAAAAGCUCCCCAGUCUGAGAAUCGCCGUGCCGAUUUCGGAUAUCGAGUACACGCCCUUACACAAGGAUGUCGGGGUAGUCAAGUUACCGGUGGCAUGGCGACCGGUGGGAGACAUUUCUAUUCCGGGGAAAAAAAUAGGAGGGAACGUAAGUUAG